AUGAUGAUCCUGACGGGUCUUCUCGUGCUAGCCGUCUCGCUCCCCCUAAAUGUUUACGCGGAAGACUUCAUUCCCACAGCAAACCCGAAGUCAGCGAGAUGGUUUGUCCACGAUGCGGAGAGUCUGGACAAGGACGCAUUCACGGACGCAUUGGUCCAGAAUAUGACGAUUGAAGAUAUUGUUCUGCAACUACACCUCAUGCUUGGAGGCGACAUCGUGGGGGUCAAUUCCAAUAACGAGCUCUAUGAUUAUACCAUGCGCUUCACCCCUGAUUCUCCAAUAGGAGUGAUGCACGAUUGGUAUCCCCUCAACACGUCCCACUACAACUCCGUCCAGGAGUUGAACCUUCAGAAGUCCCGAAUCAAAGUCCCGCUCAUGCAUAUCGGGGAAUGUCUCCAUGGCGUUGGAUCAUUCAAGCAGUCUAUGUUUCCCCAGAGCCUAGGUCUAUCUGCAAGCUUCGAUACAGAGCUAAUCUAUCGAGUCGGGCGGGCGAUCGGGACAGAGGCAAGAUCCAUCGGCAUCCAUGCUUGUCUCUCUCCAGUGCUUGAUAUUGGUCAGGACCCGAGAUGGGGGCGCAUGCAAGAGGCGUGGGGAGAAGACAAGCUGUUGACAUCAUUCAUGGGAAUUGCAUACUCUUCUGGCCUGUCCAAGAACGGGUCCUGGGCGGAACCUGAUGCUGUUGUGCCGGUGAUGAAGCACUUCGCGGCCCAUGGAGCUCCGCAAUCUGGACACAAUGCUGCCCCUUUCAUGGGUCAUGGAAACCGCCAAGUGCUUCAAGAUCUACUGACUUCUUUCAAGGCAGCAGUUCAGCUCGGGGGGGUGAAGGGGGUCAUGAUGGCGUACAAUGAAGUUGACGAUGUGCCGGCGCAUGUCAAUCCCAUGUUCUACGCAGCGCUCGAUGACUGGGGAUUCGAUGGGUUCGUCAUUGCUGACGAUACAGGGAUGUCUGAUUUGUACAAGGCACAUCGAGUUGCAGACUCUCCCGCAGACGCCAUGCGGCAAUGGUUCAACGCGGGCGGGAUGGUCCAGUUCUACGACUACCCUCUGGAGACCUACCUCAACGCAACAAGAGAUCUAGUGGCCAACGGCUCAGUCGAACUAUCAACAGUGCAGGCCCACGCGAAGAGGAUGCUAGGCGUCAAGUGGGACCUCGGCCUAUUCGACGACCCCUUCAUCGCAGCCGACAUUGACCCCGUGCGAAUCGUGGAAGACCAUCGAAGUCUCACUCUCGAGGCUGCCCAGAGAAGCAUCGUUCUCCUCGAGAACCGAAAUUCGACAUUGCCACUGAAGCCCAGCGAACAGAAUAUCAAAAAGAUCGCGCUUAUCGGCCCCUUUGCUGACGUCUUGAACUACGGCGACUACUCUGGUUCGUGGGGACAGUACCCAGCUGGAGCGGCACAGACCAUGCGUCAAGGGAUACUGGGUUAUGCAGAUGAAGGGGAUUUUGAGCUCGUCUCCAGCUGGGGAUCGAACACGUGGGAGUACAAUGGACAGUACGUCAUCCCGCCAUAUCUCAUGUCUGCGAACGGGAGUUUAGGGGGUCUUUCAACGACGUAUUUCGCGGACACCAAUUUCACCCAGCCAAUUGUGUCCAAGAUGGAGGCACCCGCACUCGACUGGGGACUAUACCCCCCUGACGGGUUACCUUCCACCAACUUCAGUGCCAUUUGGGAGGGCGAUCUAAAGUCACCCGUCGACAUCGACGUAGAUGGCUGGAUCGGAGUGGCAGUAGGAGCCAACACAACAGUGAAACUCUUUGUGGACGACGACCUGGUCAUGACACACGGCGUAGAGGCUCUCUCGGCAUCUGCCAACAUCAUGGGCAACAUCAUGGACUACACCUACAUCCUCGCCAACAGCACCCUACCCCCGGACGGGUCUGCCCCUUUCACAUUCCGAAAGGGAUCCACGUACCACAUCCGCAUCGAGUACCAAGCCUUCAACCUCUACAAGAAGAUCGAAAACGUAGUCUCGCUCAAUUCCCAGAUGAUCCUGUUCUGGAACCUCGUCAGCCGGACCGGAGACGCAGUCGACCAGACCGUCCAGAUAGCAAGCUCCUCCGACGUGGUGGUCCUCGCCGUCGGCGCGGCCUGGAACAGCGACGGCGAGAGCGGCGACCGGGGAACCCUGGGUCUUGCGCCGAGCCAGGACAUCCUAGCGCAGGAGAUCUACAAGCUGGGCAAGCCCGUCGUCCUCGUCCUCCAGGGUGGCCGGCCGUUCGGGUUCGACUACUACAACCAGAGCGCAGCUGUCUUGAGCACGUUCUUCCCUGGCCAGUCUGGAGGUCAGGCUAUUGCCGAUGCGCUUUUCGGUAACGUCAAUCCGGGCGGGCGGAUGCCUGUUACUACGCCUAGACAUGUUGGUCAGGUUCCUGUGUACUACAAUUACAAGGCGUUUGCGCACAUCAAGGACUAUUUGGACGUCGAUUCCUCGCCCGCUUAUUGGUUUGGGUAUGGGUUGUCGUACACCACGUUUGAUGUCUCGCGCUUCGAAGCUUCGGCGGGUAAUGGGAGCUCUCCGACCUUUACUACUGGCGACACGAUCACGUUCUCGAUGCUGGUCAGGAAUAACGGCACGGUGGCUGGGAGCUACGUUGCGCAGGUCUAUACCCUAUCGCGGGUCUCGUCUAUCGUUCAGCCCGUCAGGCAGCUUGCGGCUUUCAAGCGCGUUGAUGUAGAUGCGGGCCAAGAGGUUGCAGUAUCUAUGGAGUUGGACGCGGAUCGGUAUCUGACCAUCCUCAACCGGAAGAACGUGUGGGAGUUGGAGAAAGGGGCUUACACGUUUGCGCUGCUGGAGCAUGGUGGCGAUAAUGAUGAUAGCAGGAACGUUACGAUGAAUCGUGUGUAG